AAGGAGGAUUCGUCAAGUAAGACUAGUUUGUUUGACCUGUUGAUAAGAUUCACCCACCACCACCCCCUGGUUGAUCGUCGGAAGAAGAAAUGUUUGAUACGAUAUAGUUUUAAGUUUGUUUUUUUUUUGUUUUUUACUAUUACUAUAUUUUAAUUGUAUUAUAACUCCUUUUAUGGACUCUUUAUAUGCAUAUAUGCGACAAGAGAGCAAAGUAAGACUCUAUGAUUAAAGCGAAAUGGUUGUAAGGUGGACAAGUGGACAGAUAGGAAGAAGAAGGCUGGAUUCGGAAACCAACCUUAUGUCAACCACACGGCUUUAGUCUGUGUCAGGAAGAACGGCGUCCAUAGACUGAAUCUGUUUUUGGGUUCUGGAAACAAUCCGUGAUCUUAAAGGUGUUUUUUUACUCUUAAAAACGCAACAGCAGAGAGAGAGAGAGAGAGAGAGAAAAGAAAUAGAGAGAAAGUAUUAGCGAUCCCGGUUUGUUUGCCUCAGAUGAUGAAUGUGAAACAUCAACUGUGUCAUGAUAGUUUCGAUAUACUCUCUACUAUUCGCUUAUCUUUUCAAUCUAUUUAUAUCCUUGUAAGGCCGCAAACAUUGACUAUUAUAAAUUAUUAGGUUGUUGUAAUGAGUGGCGCGAUCGCAGACACACACACUCAACUUUUUGGUGAGGGAGACAUACGUACGUACGUUUCUCGUAAGCAUUAGCGAAAGUAUCUACCUUGGGGAUGUGUGCUCUAGAUUGAUUUUGAUCGUUAUCUGCAGCAAAUAAUUGUAGAAAAAGAACGUAGAAACGAUCACCUAGGAGCGCGCGUGCCUCGUGGGUUACUGACAAACAGCAAAAGAAGACUUAAACAAAGAUUCGAAGUGACCAAAAUUAGCUACUGGAGGGAAUGGUCCCAUCAAGUUAAACUUACCCUUAGAAUAUCCAAAAUGUUCUAUUUUUUGUUGGGUGUGCCGCUAUUUUUUCUUUUUCUAACAUUCAACCUUUUUUUUCCUUCUUAUCAUACACAUGUUGGUCAUUGAAUGAAAUGAAUGCGAUAAACGAGCACAAUACCGGAGGUUGUUUUAGAAAUAAUUUUGUAGGACAAAACUUAAGCUGGGUAAGGGGGUUUUUGCAAACUACAGACACGAACGUUGUCCAUGCAAGGCAAACAGAAAAGUUAAAGAAAGGUUUUAGGAGUAUCACGCAACUUAAUUUUUUCAUUUAUUUUGCUCUGUUUUAUGUUUGUUUUUUUUCCAAUAAAAUGUUUAACCUGUUUUUAUCGAUUCCAAAAUACGAUUCCUGUUGCGGAUGCUGCUGUUGCUAGAGUGCGUGAAGAGGCAGAACCGGGUGGCAAUUGCAUUGAAUCCUGAGCCUCAAACAGCCUUUGAGCGCGAUUAAUUGGUUUUUGAUUGAGGGGUUUGUUUGGUUGGUGCGAAGACAAAAAUCUACGGUUCUACGUAAAAUUCUUUCACUUAGGCGUUAGUAGGUACAUUUAAAAGAAAAUAUUUAGAUAAAUUGUUGAAUUGAUUUGUUUGACGAAAGCAAACCAUAACCGAACCGCGAACAAACGAGAAUGUGAAAGAAUGAAGCAAAGGGCAGGGGACAGUUUGAAUCAUUUUCAAGCUGCUGCCUGCCAGAUUCUUAAGAGGUAGUUUCUCGUUCACAUACGUUCACUUGAGGCAGGGUAGAUUCACACGUGAGCGAGCGCGCGUGCAGCAUAGACGAAUGAACCGGAUUUCCUGUGUGUUGUCUUAUUCUCAGCACAUUCGCUCGCAGAAAACGGAAAACAGUUCAAGAUCCGUAGUGUUUCUCAAAUGAUGUUGGUUGAUUGAAUUUAGCUUAUUGAGUGUGUCUGUAUUUGUUUUGGGACUAGCCGUUUUUAAGUCCAUUAUUUAUAAUAAUUGUUCCAAUAGCUCUCUGUUUGAAUUUCGUGUACUGUUUCUAUUUUUUCUUCUUCCUUUGUCACCAUCUAUUGUUCUCUAAAGUGUGCUCUCUGUCAGGAUGUAGUUACGCAUGCAAUACUUAUCACGAUCAUAUGCUUAUGAUUUUUUUUUGAAAAUUUAGUCCUAAACAACAAAAUGCACAAGAAUCGGUUAGCAAUGCGGUUUAAAGCGAUUAUUGAAACAGCGAAUCGUAGCAAAGCCCAGAUAGUGAAAAAUUAGACCUGAAAGUUACAGUAAUAAUCUCGUUUGUUAUGAAUUCAUCAUCGAAUUGGAAUUCGAAAUAGCAGCGCAUAGCACUACAGUUGUUAAGCAAUCAGUACAUUUGCGUCUAAGCCCGCAACGGGUGGCGCAAAACAGCAAACAAAUGAACAAAAAACUAUAAAAGGACAUCUUCGCCAGGGACACGGGAGGCGGACGCAUGUUCUUUUUUAUUAGUACUAGACGACAAGAAGAAGAAAAAGAUGAAGAAGAAAUAGAAGGAAGACAGUGAUCGUCAAACUCUCCUCAGAUACAGUGCAGUAUUACUAUACAGUUUUUAAUGUCGUUUCAACAUGAUGUGCUUUGUCAAUUGUAU